AUGUGCAGUCUUGACCAAAAUCAACACUUAGGGCAAAGCCAGAAUAAUAGGGAAUGGUUGGAUCUCCUUUCUGAACUUCUUUCACUGAUAGCAGAAAGUGCAGGCCUGUUCGGGCUUCUGAGUUUCUUUCGUGUCUGUAAGAAUUGGUAUUCUGCUUCGUCCACUGCUUUAGCUGACGUUGUUGAGCAUGAAAUAUUAAACCAAGGACCUUGGUUUCUACUACAUGAGGAUAAAAAUCAGUGUCAGUUGCUAACUGCAAGUGGUAACAAGUUCACCACGAGUCUCCCUGAACUACUAGAUGGAACCACUUGCCUCGCAACAUACCAUGGAUGGCUUCUUUUGUUCAAACAAGGAGGUUCCAUGUUCUUCUUUCACGUCUUCUCUCAUCAGAGAAUAGACCUACCUGAAUUCCCAGUUUCAGAACUCACUAAUCAUGUUGCAGAAGUUUCAUCGCCUCCAACUUCUCAAGAUUGCGCGGUUUGUGUCAUCAGCCACAUCAGUGGUGAAACCUUGGAUGUCAAGAUACUUUACCCUAAUGACCGGACUUGGACUGGAUCGGAGUAUCCUUAUCCUCGUGAUAAAAUAGACACAAUCAAAUUUGCGAUGUAUAAAGACGGAAAGUUCUCCUUUUGUGGUGACAAAGACCAUAUGUUGAACAUGUUUAUUGAAAACCACUCUCACCGCUGGGAAUGUAGCGAACUUGUACCCGUAACUAAUGUGAAUAAUUACAAUCACGAAGCAAAGUCAUGCUUCAUUACUCGUCUCAAGUCUAAGUUCGAGUUCUUUCCCAAGGACAUGAAGAACAAGCUGGGGUUGACAGAUCAGGAUUCAAUUUCUACUUGUGGGACAAUGACGCCGUCAGUAAAUGGUGGGAACAAUUUUAUCUACAAUGAGAGCAUCAAUGUCGACAACAAUGACAAAUCAAAGAACCGGUGUUUUUUGAAUAUGGAUCCAACCAAGAUCCUCAAUCAGAAGGGGUGA